CUCUUUCGGCUCGCUCUCUUUCUCUCGUCUGUGAUCAUGGCUGCGCUCAAACAUUACCAGCCAUGUUUGCAAAUCUGAAACCCAAAGGUUAGCGAUUUACGCGUUUAUUAUUUACAUCGCUAACACCCUAUUCAUCCACAUCGGUCCUUUGCCGGGGGCCACACUCCCCGUCUCCGGUGCGAUCGGCAAGUAUCAAGAUGGAAGCAAAUAACCAUUUUAACUAUGGGCCUCACUCUUCUGUGUCAGCAAACUCAGGACUGAAGCAUUCCUCAGGAGAUUCUCUCUAUACUAACGGGUCCUCCAUGAGCUUCCCCCAGCAAGGGAAAAAUCUGAAUGGCCAAAUGAAUGUGAAUGGCAUCACUACUGCAGGUGAGAGCAGCCAGCCAGGCGCCCACCCUCCCUCUUCCUCUUAUCCUCAUAUGAGCAACCAUCACCUCCCAGGCAGCAUGGGAUAUGACUAUCUGUGGGACCAGUCUCAGUACAGCCCGGCGAUGGGGCCCGUCCCUCCCCACGGGUUGCACCAGAAGCCAGGCUCCCAGGGUGGGAUACAACCACAGCAGCCUCAGCACCACUUCCAGAGCCAUGGACCGUACCAAGUCAACGGCAGUAUGGGACCGUCCCAGCAACCUCCAGGUGCUGGGCUGCAGUAUUGGGGAAGGGGAAAUCCUGGGCAGCAGUCGCAGGGGGGAUCUUCGAUGCCAAUGGGAUAUAACUCUCCCAGUAUAUAUGGGACGUAUCCCAACCAGGGCAUCCCAGCGUCCCAGCAUCACCAGCAGCCUCCAGCCUUGCAGCACCAGUCUGCAACGGCACAUCAUCUCCAACACCAUUCACACCACCAGCAGCAACAGCAGCAGCAUUAUGGUGUGAUGCCUAAUGGAAUGCCGUUUUACCAGCAUCCAUCGCACCAGGCCCAAACUCAGUCUCAACCACAGGCUCAGAUGAUACCACCCGCCGCGCAGAGCUUUACACCUCCACGAGGAAGCCCUCAGCACCAUCACAUGGGCAGUGGAGGAGGAAGAAGCAGCCCCCAUCACGUCCAGGUCCCAAUGAGGUCCCCUUCUACUGUGCCUGAUAGCGGUUCGCCUAAGAGCAGAGAGAUGCAAGUUUCUAUGAAUGAGUCCUUUAAAGAAAUGGAUAAAGGCUUCAAUGGAGUCGAGAAAAGCUCUGUACCCCAACGGUUGCCCAAAACUGAGAGUUUUCCUGUAAAGCCCCCUGGCUCUGUUUCCUCUACCGACUAUAACCAGGCUGCGCAGCAUUCAGCCGUGGACCUGGAGAAACCUGUAAAACAACGUCAGGAGAUGGGAGCUGCUGCAAAGGAACUUAGUUCUUCCCCCGUCUCUGGACCUCCUCCACCCCUAGCUAGUCCGCCUCGGAAAACUUUGACCCUGCAGGAUUCACAUUCUCCUUCGUCUCCAGGGUUUGCUUUAUCUACAGCUUUGGGUGUCGGCGCAAAUGCAUCUGUGUCUCCACCCUCUCCUCUCACACCACCGCUUCAGAUGGUCCAAGGCCAAAGACCUGGAUUCUCUGGACCUUCAUCAGCUGAAGGAACACCUGCAGGACUUGGUACAGCUCCUUCAAUGUCUUCUCCUAAGAGCUCCAGAGCUCCUCCUGCUGGUUCCCACAACCAGUCUCUGGUGUUUUCUUCAAAGACCUUGAUGCAUCCUCCAACGGUGCCUGUGCCUCCUCAAACAGUACCGGAGGCCCAGGGAUCAAAAAGUCAACAGGUCUCUCCAACACCUCUAUCUUUGGCUGUGUCACCAUCUGUUGUCUCCACUCUUCCUGCGCUGGCACCACUUAAAGGACCCCAAGAGGCAUCACCUCUAACAGGCCAGAGUCCUAAACAUCCUGCUGCUUCCUCGACUCCAACAUCUGUUGCCGAUAACGUCUCUCUCUCGACAGUCUCUGCACUUCCAUCUGUGGUCGCUGGUUCUCCUCAAGUUGCCGCUCUGGCUUCAUCUGCACCACCUCCUGCUGUUAGCUAUUCUCCUCAGGCAUCUUCAGCAUCUCUCAAUGUUUCUCCAAAUGUAUCUCGCUCCCUCAUUGGCUCUGUUACUCAGCCUUUAGAGACGGUGGCAAAUAUGGGUUCUCAUGGUGUAGUACGGCACAACUUUGGGGAAUCGCACUCUAGACCUGAGGCCUGUGGUUCCCAGAGUAAAGUUGGAAUCAUAAUGGGCACAUCCAAAAAGGAGUCCAACAAUGAGACUCAAGCUGAGAUGCAUAAGGUGCAAAUUCAUGGUAGAAACCUUGAACUGGCUUUCAUUGUUCCAAAGGAACCUGAAAGAGACACUAUGGCAGUUGGCAGAAAGGACUCUAAUAGUAUCAGAGCUCAGACUGCCCCAAGGAAAGGAGAAAGUGAGACUUUAAAUGAUACUUUUGGCACUGACACGUCACUGGACUAUCCGUCCUUGGCCGAGUCAACCUACCUUGAAAGCUCAAGAGCUGAGGAUGGGAGUUCAAAGAUGGACACUUUUGAUAAUUCUUAUAGUCUUUCCCAGACUGGAGACCAAUCAAAGUUUACAGAAGGAUCUAUGAUUGAUGACUCCAGGGACUUGCAGGACACUUCUUGUGAAGAAGAAAACUUGAACAGCUCCAUGACCUCUACCAGUUCCACCGAGGAGGCGUCCCUCAAAGAUACCACGUCUCUACUGGAUGACUCUUUAAACGACACCUCACAAAACAGCUCCUCCCUGCUGUCUGCAUCUAUUAAUGCCUCUUCACUCUCUAUCAAAGUUUCAAACAGCUUGAAAUGUCUUGGGAAUUCUCUGGUAUGGCAAUCCUGUUUCACGUGCUGUUUCACAUUUGCUAGCUGGAGGCGAGAGAUUCGAGUCCGGAGGCUCGAGGACCGCCUGAAAGGAGAGACGUGGUACUAUAGCCCCUGCGGCCGGAGGAUGAAGCAGUUCCCCGAGGUCAUCAAGUAUCUGAACAGGCAUCAGGAUGCUCUCCAGGGCGUUUCGAGAGAGCACUUCAGCUUCAGUCCACGCAUGCCAGUGGGGGAUUUCUAUGAGGAGCGGGAAAGCCCUGAGGGUAUGCAAUGGUUCCUCCUCGCCAAUGAGGAAGUGCCCUCCAUGAUCAUGGCAAUAACAGGCAGACGCGGUCGUCCACCAAAUCCAGACAAAGAGCCUCGUUCCCGUGGCUGCCGAGCCAGAGGAGCCCCAGGGAGACGGCCAGGCCGACCUCCUAAGCCCAAGAUGGAGGAUCUGCUCAGCAAAGUGGACGCCAGGCUGCUGAAGAGACUGGAGGCAAAGGAGGACCUCACAGAGCAAGAAAAAGAAAAACUGAUCAAGAUCAAGAAGAAAAUGAAGAGAAAGGCAAGAAUGAAAAGAAUGGAGGAUGCAAAGAAUAAAAAGAUCCGGCAGGAGAAACGGAAAGCCAAACCCCUCCCACAAUUGUCACGGAUACCGGGACUGGUGCUUUCGGGUUUGGCCUUCUCCAAUUGUUUAAGGUUGGUUGAGUUCCUGCAUGGUUACGGAAAGAUUCUGGGUCUCCAGGUGCCCAAGGAUAUUCCCAGCCUGAGCGCCCUGCAGGAAGGGCUCCUCGGCAUGGAGAAGAGCCAAGGCGAGCUCCUGGAUCUGCUUAUUAAACUGGUGGAGGCCGCUCUGCACGAUCCUGGACUGCCUUCAUAUUACCAGUCUGUGAAGAUCCUUGGGGAGAAGCUGGUGGAUCUGGAGCUGAGCCACAGCACUGUGUCCGAGGUGCUGCGGAUCUUUCUGGAAGCCCAUGGCUUUGAGUUGGAGGUGUGUAACAGUCUGCGUACAAAGAGCUUCCAGACCCUCAAACCCGACGUCAAAGCCUCCAUACUGGCCUUCCUGGUGGAGGAACUCAACGCCAGCAACAUAAUCACCAGGGAGAUUGAUAACACACUAGAGAAUAUGACAACCUACAGGAAAAACAAGUGGAUUAUAGAAGGCAAACUACGCAAACUGAAGGCUGCGCUGAUGCGUAAGACGGGCCGUCCGGAGGAGGAGCUGUGCUUCGAGGAGCGCCGGCGCAGUGCUCGUGUGGGAGUGGCUGAGGAGGAGAGCAUCGAGGAGAGCUGCGUGCUGGAGAGAGGGAGCCGCCGCAAAGCCAAAGAGGAACCCAAACACACGGAGAUUGAGAGUCCCAAUUCUUGCAGUGUUGCUGAGCUGGAGCGUCAGAUUGAUAAACUGACCAAGCGUCAAGUGUUUUUCCGCAAGAAGCUGCAGCAGUCGUCUCAUUCCAUGCGAGCUGUGUCUCUGGGGCAGGAUCGGUACCGCCGCAGGUACUUGCUGCUGCCUUAUAUGGGAUGUGUCCUCGUGGAGGGAGCGGAGGACAUCCUGGCCUCAGGUGAAGUGACGGUCAGCGAUGAACCUGUGACUUAUGUGAAGGUCAUAACCCCAGUGAAGACAGAGGUUAAAGCUGAGCCUCCCCUUUCUCCGGCUUUCGGCGCGCAUCUCCCCUCUUCUCCUCGAGUGUCCCAGCUUACCCCCACAGAGGCGGAUCCUCUACCCGGCGAGGCCUCUCUGAUGAGCAGCCCUCGAGGCCGGGGACGCCCGCGCAAGAUCAAACCCGAAGUGGAGCUCCACCUGCGAACCGCCAAGAACCGGCGGCGCCGCCGUAGCAGCAGAUCAGCAGCUGAGGAUUCGACCCUCAACUCCCCCGUGCAGGAUCCUGUUCAGUUCGCUUUCCAGACGCCUCUCGAGCAGCCGCAGCACGCAGAGGCCGACGGCAGCGCGCCGAUCACAGCAUCUGGAGCCGGUCAGGGCGAGGAUAACAGCCAGCCGGAGGACAGCAUGAGGGAGCAGGCAGGAAAACGAGGCCAGUGGUUCAAUCUGUUGCCCAAGGAGCCGUGCGACGAGACGUCGAUCUCCCAGCCGUGCGAGAACACACCUGCGUCUGCUUCAUCCCCCACUGAAGACACUCCAGCACCCCUCGAUAGUGACCCGCUCGCUCCUCCUCCUCCUCCGCAGCCUCCGACAACACAGAUGCAGACGGAGACUCCUCCUCUUCCUCUUCCUCAGGUGUGCUCCACUCCAGCUCCCAGGGCCGGUAGGAGGCGCAGGAGAAGCAGCGGGACGUCCCGGGCUCUCUCUCGAUCCAGUGCGGCGAAGAGGCGUGGCAGACCUCCCUCCAAUCUCUUCCAAGAGGUGGAACUGAAGUACUUCACUCAGCUGGUGGUGAAGCCUAUUCCGUUAGAAAUGGUGAAGGGCUGGUGGUGGAUCAGAGAACCGGCGGAGCUGACAGCCAUUGUGAGCGCCCUCCAUCCACGAGGCAUUCGCGAGAAAGUGCUCCACAAACACCUCACCAAACACAGGGAGUAUCUGUCCGAGGUCUGCACGCGGCUCGUCACCGAUCCCAUCUUCCAGAUGACAGUGGAGGAUGGCGAUGCCCUGCUGGAGGCGUCUAAACAGGCGUGGAGUGAGCAGGAGAGAGUCCUGCAGUUAGACAUCAGUGUUCUCCAGUGGGUGGAAGAUCUGGAGCAGAGAGUAGUCGGUGCAGACCUUCAGCUCAAGGUCUCCAUUCCCAAUGCAGAGAGUGACAAUGAGGCUAGUCAGGAAUCAUCAUGCUCUCAAUUCCAGAUGUAUACCCCUCCAGAGGCGGACUCCACGCGGGAGGACCUGCAGUAUUACGAGCACGAGAUUGACCCCAAGGAUGACUGGAUGGUCAAGACCAAGAAGGAAUGGUCCGACCUCCUGCGAGCUCCCAGCAACCCCCUGGACCUGGCCGUUCUCCGCUUGACUAAUCUGGAGCGGAACAUCGAGCGGCGCUAUCUGAAGGAGCCGCUGUGGAAUCUGUCCGAGGUGGUGCGCUUAGCGCCUCUCACCCCUCCUCCCGGCGGGGAGGAGGUCCCACUAGAUGCUGUGAGCUUGGAAAGUGAGAUCACACCCAGGUUGAAGACGUGGCGGCAGGCCCUGGACCGCUGCCGCAGUGCGUCUCAACUCUCUCUCUGUCUGCUGCAGCUGGAGAAAGCCAUCGCCUGGGAAAGAUCCGUCAUCAAAGUGACAUGUCAGAUCUGCCGUAAGGGCGAUGAUGAUGAGUACCUGCUCUUGUGUGACGGCUGUGAUCGUGGCUGUCACAUGUUCUGCCUGAGGCCAAAGGUCAUGCAGGUGCCAGAAGGCGACUGGUUCUGUCCCACCUGCGUUGCCAAGGAAAACGGUGAAGCUCCGAGAUCACAGCGUUCAUCACGGAAGAGAUCGAAUGUGCGGAAACGGCGAUUUGCAGAGGAUAGUUCAGACGAGGAUGAUGGGUACAGACGAGGCAUGACCACACGACAAAAAGACGCUGCAGCUUCCUCGAGCGGGACGAGCAUCUCGCCCUCCAAACGCAGACAGAUGGCCACACGAAACCAGCCUGACCUCACCUACUGCGAGAUCAUUCUGAUGGAAAUGGAGGCUCACUCAGACGCCUGGCCUUUCCUGGAGCCGGUCAAUCCCCGCCUGGUGCCUGGCUACCGACGCAUCAUCAAAACCCCCAUGGACUUCCUCACUAUGAGGGAAAGACUUCUGCAGGGAGGGUACUGCAGCUGUGAGGAGUUUGCUGCCGACGCUCAGCUGGUCUUCAACAACUGCGAGCUCUUCAACGAGGACACGUCGGAGGUGGGCAAGGCCGGACACUCCAUGCGGCGCUUCUUCGAGAGCCGCUGGGUGGAGUUUUAUGAGAACAACGACAAGUAGAGACGCUGCCCUCUGCUGCAUGGGAGGAAGCACUCGAACGCCCCGCUCCUUUGAUGAUCAUUACUACUAAAAACUCUGUCUGGAGAGCCAGCCCUCCAGUUUCUGUAUGCAUACACGUGUAGAUAUAUGUAUAGAUUUGUUCUGUUGGUUUUACAAGUAUGUUUGUCCCCCUCACCCGCCUUGAUAAGGUUAAAGCAUUUCUUCAUCACCUGGUAUUACGGCGUACAAACGUCUCCUCUUUAUUCAGCUUCAUCAGUCACUCCUUUGGAGUAGAAGUACUUCUUCAGGACUUGAUCGGGUCACACUUGAUGUCACGUGUCGCAGACACACCUCUAUCAGGACGUUCUCACUCUUUCGACCAUUAUACUCGAAGCCUUAUGCUCCAUGGUGUAUAGGUCGUGGACCAGGUGUGUCCCCUUGACUGAAAAUGUAACGUGCUUUCGAGACUAGAAGCAAUUUCCUCAGUAUAUUUUUUAUUAUAUACUAUAUAUACACUUAAAGACAGAAAGAAAUAGUCGGGAUUAUUUAAUAGCAAUAGACUGUAGUGAUUCUGUACAGACCACGUCGUAGAGAGAUGUAUAGGUGACUCAUGAAAUGGCCAGUAAACAUACUAUAUCACGUGUAACUCAUCACGUCUUUUGCUUGUAGAGUAUUGGUCUUAUGAACUGGAGGAUUGCCAUCUUUUGCUAGGUUAAUUUUUCUGUCAUGCCCCCCAAACCCAGAAAGAAAUCAGUGUUUAUUCAUAAUGUAAUGCCAACAGCAGAACCGUUACAACGAAAGGCCCAUUUUAACGUUCUUGUUUUUAAGCUCUGCUAGCUAGAUAGCCGUUUUCAAAGCUUUUGCUUGAUGUAUGACUAUUGUCUGUGGGGGAAAAAAAACUUUAGACUGUAUUGAUAUUGGUUUAUAUGGAAAGGAUAUGUACGUACUUAUACGGUUGUAUAGUUUUGUUUAGCGACACUUAUUUUUCAUUGGAACAAUAUCUUCACUGUCUAUUCAGUAUGAUUGAUCUGGUUUGCUCUUGGUUUUUUUUCAUGAACAUGGCAAUUUGUUGGGUUUCUGAAACCGUCACAUCCUCAGAUGUUUAGACUGUUUUAUGUGUUUUAAUGUGUGUGUGUUUGAACCUGGACCAACUCCCUUAAAAAGGACUUCUUUUUUUUUUUUUUUUACACGUCUUUUGACAUUAACCAUGCUUUCUCAAAUGAAAAUGCCUUGCAUCAUUACUGGUGUAACUGACCCAUAAGAUUUCCCCACUUGCAACCUCACGUUCACAGUUUUUCUUAGUGCACUGAGUAGAGGAGCGCAGUAGAGCACACUAUUCAUGUUCGUUUCCCAGGCUUUCGUACACUGAAGUCGAUUUGCGGACGUGCGUCAUUCACUUUGUGUUCCUCAUCAUACAAAAGAGACAUAUUUGCUUUUUUUCUUUAAACAGACGGUAAAACCUGAAGACAGUACUAGAAAACUCAACCAAAUGUGGUGUCUAGUGAAUUUUUAAUAAUGUACAGUUUUUGUGACUUUAAAUUUGUUCCUUUCUAUAUUUUUAGGACCAAUAUAUCGUUUUUAAGAGGCGACAUUAAAUGACCAUUUUGUUUCAAGGUAAUGUAACACACGUGCAUCUGUAGAAUGUACUGUAAGUGGAAAUAAAACCACAUCUAGUAAACGAAAACUUGUCU